AUGGAGGACUAAGCCCUUUGAGGAUGGGAGUAUUGUAGCUAGCUAGGCUAAAUAAAAUAUAACCAGCACAUCAGAAGCGCAGUGCGCCAAAGAAUCAUUGCUAAUUUUUUCUGACCAGUGCUUGCAAUGGUGAAAUUACGAGCAAAGUGCAUUCUAGUUGGUGAUGCUGCAGUGGGGAAGAGUGCCUUGUCCCAAAUGUUUCGCAGCGAUGGCGCGCACUUCCAGAAGAACUACAGCAUGACAGCGGGAGUGGAGUUGGUGGUAAAAUCUGUGAAUAUCCCAGAUAGCACUGACAGUGUGGAGCUCUUCAUCUUUGACUCGGCUGGGAAGGAGACCUUUACAGAGUCCUGUGAGAAGCUGUGGGGACAGCCCUCGGUGCUGUGUCUGGUGUUCGACGUGAGCAGCGAGGCGUCGUUCAGGAGCUGCGGGCGCUGGCUGGAGAGGGUGAGGGCCCACUGUCAGGGCCUGCAGGUCCCAGGGGUGCUGGUGGGAAACAAGUCGGACCUCUCUUCCCGACGGGAGGUCGAGACGGCCGUGGCCCAGGAGUGGGCGCAGAGCCAAGGCCUGGAGUACCACGAGACCUCCGCUAAGGAGAUGGAGAACUGUGAGGCCCCCUUCCUCAGUCUAGCCCAGGCCUUCUAUGCGCUCUAUCAGGAUCAGCUUCAAACCAUCCAGACUCUGGCCUAGACCUUCUUCACCUGACCUCCAAACCACAGCUACACUACACCUGUAUCUCAGGCUUAAUUGUUUAUCUUUAAACAGCUGGCUAUUUUGGCACAAUUCUCUGCAUUCUUCAUAGUAGUUUUGUUUGCGAGUGAUUCUUCUUUACAGUGGUCCCCAUGUGUCUGUUUGGUGGGUGAUAGUGGAUGCGCAAGGGGUCUGUAAGCAGAUUAUGACCGUUUAAGAAAGCUGACUUUGACAUCACCCACAUAAGAACCAUGGAAAGACUGACAAAGACUCUGAAAGCCCCUCCUCCCUUUACCAAAUAAGACAAGACCUGAAACAGGAGUUUCCUCCGUCCCAGCUGCCUGUGUGAGGAACCACUCUCCCACUGCGGUGUGCACCAUUGUGGGCGAGAACAGAUGUACACAGCUGGUCCUACCCACCCACCCAUACCCCCCUUUCUUUUUUCCUCUCCUCUCUCCUGCCUCUGCUGCCCGAGGGGACACUGAUGCUGGCUCUCUCCACUGUGAGACGCACACUCGAGAGAGCGGCUCUGCCUUAGACAGUAUGUGGGAGGCCACCGAUUACAUAUUCAUGGCGAUAUCCACCCUUGCUUUUUUUAAUUGUCGUCGUUUGUUAUUGUACAU